AUGAGCCAAUUUCAAUUAUUUCCUCCGCCUUCGCCGGAGGCAAAGGCGGCCAAGAACCCAUUUCGCAGAGGUAUCAAGAAACCACCAGCUGUGAAGGUCGAGCCUGUAUCUCCGAUUUGUCUCACUGAGAUCAAAGACUCCACCAAAGCCGAGUCUGUACUGCUCCAAAUCAUCGAGGACACUUCUUCGUUUCCUCCUCCGCCAUCUCAUCCACCAAAUACGCGGUCUAAAUCCCCUGCUGUGGCGGAAUCAUCACCUAGUUCCAAGUCUACUCAGUCCCCUCGCAGCCGGAGCCGUCAAGAAAACAACACUACUGCACGAGCCUCGCAGUCACAAGGCAGUGUGAGCACUAGUAGCAGCAGCAAUCACACUACCAGCUCAACUGCUUCCCCUCAAUCUUCCCAAUCAUCUGUCUCACCGAUUCCAAUGAGAUCGAUGUUUCCUCGCUUGGAUCCAAGGCUCCCUUUAAACAAUCAGAUCAAAUCCCAGAUGUCAAGUGAUGAAAAGCCUGCAAAGAAGUCACGCAGGCCGCAACUGACUCUGACUACUUCUUCCGAGAUUGAUCAUGUGUUGGGCCCCAAGACUGUCCCCGCGAGUGUGUUGAACUUUCCAAAUGGCAUCUCGGAUUCGGAGGAGAUCAGAUACUCGACUCCAUAUGAGUUGGAGAUGCUGUGGGAAGCUGCGAAUGGCCAGAGACCUCAAAAUCUUGCUGGAACAUUCAACCUGCAUAUGGCAAGAACUGCACCGGCGACCUUCACAUUUGGCAAUCCCCAACAGCCAUUUUACACCCUACAGACCUAUGAAAAUGACGAACUAUCGAUCUCGCGUGGAGCCCCAUGCAAACCUAAUAGUGACGUGCCUAUCAUGGCUUUGAGUCUCGAAGACCGUGGACGCCGCGAGCAUCCCCAUGAUGGCCUUGUUGCACUUCUCUUUUCGAGAUUAGCCGCCAUGCUUGCCAUUGAACAAGCAAUCGAAAUCAGCAAGCUCCAUCAACUCGCUCCAUCUGAGGCAGCAGAAGUUGAGAAUAAUGCCCUCAGACGGGCCGCUGCGCAAGAGUCCUGCCGUCUAUCCUGGAACCGCAACUCGAGGCUUUACGAGCUUCGGCACCCGUCGCUGUCCAAACGACAACCCCCGCGGCUAGUCGGAGCUGAAGGAAUUCCCCUCUCUCCCGUGCGAUCCAAGUCUUCGGGAAUCUUGUACAUUACUGUUUCUGCGCCUUCCACUGAUGCCAUGCCUCAUCAAGCCCCGACAAUCCUCGUCACUGGUCCACCAUCGUCGACGGCGUUGGCAGCAGCACAGCAAGCUGCCAACCCACGCACUUCGACCCUCCCCGUCGCCGACUCGGACGAGCCACUGGCAUCUCUGGACUUUGCAACUAGGACACUGACCGUCGCACCCGCUGCUGUCAUUGCCACUAUCCCUUCUUUAUAUGCGAUUGACUCGCUCAUUGCAGCCAUGCUCGCGGUUGCAGUCUCGGACGAAGCUACGAAUCCAAUCUUGGCAGACAUGGAACUCCAAUCGCCAAGCUUCACUGAGCCAGGUUAUCUCACAGGACAGGGUAUUGGGGCACCGUAUCGCGGGCCACUCAUCACAACCCAGGCGGAGCGCGAAGACUACGCCGAGAGUCUUCAGCUCGCGUCCCAAAUUCAAGCUGCAAACGCUAAAGCGGAGAGGGCGCCGAAGAGGAAGAGUUUCUUCAAAUUUUUGGACAAUUAUAAUUCCACACCGUCUGGUCGAGUGCGGACUACGAAAAAAGGUCAAGAGAUUGUGGUUGAGGAAUUCGACCUUGAGAAAUACGGCCGCUACGGCAAAGGCUCGUCGCGAGAAGGCGAGAAACUUCCUGGCAUAACGCGGACUUUGUUGAAAAUAUUGUUUUUCGGACUGAAUAUGCUGGUCACUGGGUUGACCUUGAUGGUUAAAAUACUGGCCUGGUUGCUGGUUCAUUUGACGCGCUGCGUGACGAGUGAGAAAUUCUGA